AUGGUGUUACCCCGUAAAACAAAACCAACUGGAAUUCGACACGAAUUAAAUAAUAGUACAAAAAAAUCUAGGACGAUAGCAACGAACAGUAAACAAAAACCACUUUAUACAAAACGAAAAAAAUUAACGAAACGUGUGGAUUUAAACGAUCCAUCAACAAAUACAAUAACUUUACGUCGAAGUCGGCGUUUAACGAAUAAGAAAAAACAAUUAUCCAAUUUAUCUUGUGAAUCAACUUCGAAUUUAAUUCUUCCUUCUUCUUCAAAUUCUAUUCCAUCAAAUUCAAAUUCUAUAACAAAAAAUUAUCCACUACGAUCACGUUUACGACGAACAUCAUUGACAAGUAAUAAUCAGAUAACAACAGCAACAACAAAAAAUCGUCGUUCACGUAUAUCAAAACAACAAGAUUUAUUGUCAACAUCAUUAUCAUCGAUGGGUCUUCGUAAUGGUAAAAUAGUUAAUUUACGUUCCACUAUAUCAGGUACAACAUCUCAAACAAACGAAGAACUAACAACAUCAAAUCUUCCAUUACUUUCAUUCAAUCCAUUACCACGUCAACAUCAUCAAACAAAUAAUUCAACAUCUUAUUCAUUAACAAAUUCAUAUAAUAACAAUAAUAAUAAUAAUAAUAAUAAUAAUAAUAAUAAUAAUGAUUUAAAUUUAACAAUAUGUCAAUAUCAUUAUUCAAAUAUUACAAAUCAUCCAUCAUUAGAUCCAAGUAAAUAUUUUCCUGUUCGACUUGAUAUUCUCCUUGAUCGACCACCUGUAUCACGUGAAAAACAAAUUGAAUAUGGAUGGAAUCAUGAUGAUCGUUCAAUGAAUAUAUUUGUUAAACAUAAUGAUCCAUGUACUUUUCAUCGACAUCCUGUAGCACAAAGUACAGAUGCUGUUCGUUGUAAAAAAGGUUUUACUAGUGGUAUUCAUGUAUGGGAAAUUGAAUGGAACACAAGACAACGCGGGACACAUGCUGUUGUAGGAGUUGGGACAAUAAAAGCACCACUUCAUUGUCCAGGUUAUCAAGCACUUGUUGGAAUGAAUCAAGAAUCAUGGGGAUGGGAUUUAGGUCGAAAUAAACUUUAUCAUAAAGGUGUUAAUAGUGUUUAUGCUUCAACACAGUAUCCAUCGUCAACAGUAACAUCAUCUAGUUCUCUAUUAUCUCCAACAACUACAACAUUGACAUUAACUGAUCCAGCUGAUGCUAUUAACAAUAAUGGUAUAUCAUAUCCAUCGAAAUCGGAUGAAUGUUUUGUAGUACCCGAUAAAUUUUUUGUUGUUCUCGAUCUCGAAGAAGGAACAUUAGCUUAUAUUGUUGAUGGACAAUAUUUAGGUGUAGCAUUUAAUGAUCUUAAAGAUAAGGGUGUACUUUAUCCAAUGGUUUCAUCAGUAUGGGGUCAUUGUGAAAUAACAAUGCGUUAUAUUAAUGGAUUAGAACCUGAACCACUUCAAUUAAUGGAUUCAUGUCGACGUGUUAUACGUAAAAGAUUAGGUCGAACCAAUCUACAUAUGAUUAAUUAUUUGACAUUACCUACAAGGCGCUUACCACUUGCUAAUAUUGAUGAUAGUAUAACAAGAAAACGUCCGAAUUUUAAUCGUCUAUCAUUAAUAAAAAUGGCACAAGCAACAAGGACAUUUUGGACACAAGCUGAAGCACUUGAAUUUAUUAAUGAACGACAAAAAAAUGAAAAUAAUAUUUAUACAGGAAAUAGAAAAUAA